UCUUUCCUUUUCUUUUUGCCUUUGUCUUUUCCUCCCUCUUUCUCUUUCGAUACCAGGCAAUCACCAAGCCUCCAAUCCCGCACCCGACCUGAAAGCAAAAGCCAGACCUCAACAUCUGCUCUUUGCGCCGAUUAUACAGAUCAGAGAAGAGGCUGUGGAGCCUGCAGGCUGACAGCAGGACGUGGUGAGGUUCUUUAUCUCCAAGAACAAUCAAUACCCAAACUGAAGGAAAAUACAUUGCACAAAAUAUUAAGAAAACUCCUUUUUUAGAAAAAGAAUUUCUUUGGAGAAGCUGAUUUCCUUUGGCUGUCAGGAGAAGGUGGAGAAAAUGAAGCCAAGUCUGCGAUUUUUCUUAGCUGGUUUUCUGUUGUUGAUUCUGCAGACAGGGCUUUGCUAUGGGAUAAAAUGGAUAGCUCUGUCCAAGACUUCUUUGGCUUUGGCCCUGAAUCAAACCCAGCACUGCAAGCAGCUUGAAGGCCUGGUGGUUUCUCAGGUGCAGCUGUGCCGCAGCAACCUGGAGCUGAUGCAGACCAUUAUUCAGGCAGCGCGGGAAGUGAUAAAGACGUGCCGUAAAACCUUUUCAGACAUGCGGUGGAACUGCUCUUCAAUAGAGUUGGCUCCUAACUACCUGCUGGACUUAGAGAGAGGCACAAGGGAGUCAGCAUUUGUAUAUGCCCUCUCUGCUGCUGCCAUCAGCCACACCAUUGCCAGAGCCUGCACCACCGGGGACCUCCCUGGCUGUUCCUGUGGUCCCAUCCCAGGUGAGACACCUGGACCUGGGUAUCGAUGGGGAGGAUGUGCAGACAACCUCAACUAUGGUCUUAUCAUGGGGUCCAAAUUUUCAGAUGCUCCCAUGAAGAUGAAAAAAUCAGGAUCACAAGCCAAUAAACUGAUGCAUCUGCACAACAGUGAAGUAGGGAGACAGGUCUUGAAAGCCUCUCUUGAAAUGAAAUGUAAGUGCCAUGGAGUUUCUGGGUCAUGCUCUAUCAAGACCUGUUGGAAAGGCCUUCAAGAAUUGCGAGACAUUGCACUGGACCUCAAAACCAAAUAUUUAUCUGCCACCAAGGUUGUUCACCGGCCCAUGGGCACACGCAAAUACCUUGUGCCGAAGGACAUUGAUAUCAGGCCAGUUAAAGAGACAGAGCUGAUUUACCUGCAGAGCUCACCUGAUUUCUGCAUGAAGAAUGAAAAAGUGGGGUCACAUGGGACCCAGGACAGGAGUGGAUGGAGGGAAAGAGAGAAUCCCAGGUCCCAGUACAGCAGACAAUGCAACAAGACUUCCAAUGGGAGUGACAGCUGCGACUUGAUGUGCUGUGGCAGAGGCUACAACCCCUACAUGGACAAAGUGGUGGAGCGUUGCCACUGCAAAUACCACUGGUGCUGCUACGUGACCUGUAAAAAGUGCGAGAGGACUGUCGAGAGAUAUGUGUGCAAAUGAAAACUCUCCUCUGCACACCUGGGAGCUAAGACAGCAGCGGCAGCCCAGCACUAUUUGGAGAAAACAUUUCCUUGACUAGACAUCAUUUAUCUUGUAAAGACACAGACUUGAGGAGAGAUAGCAGGAGGAAAAGCAACAAUCAUACCAGUAAAAAUAAGAAUGUAAAAAAAACCUCUCAAAAAGCAACAAACCCACAAAUGUUUCUCUCCACCAAUAAAAUGCUUCCUGAGAAGACAAAACCUCAUUUGGGAUGGUAUCUUCUUCCAAAAUAUUUCCUAUGGUUGCCAAUGAUGUCCAGCCAUCAAGUGCCUUAGUAUUCUGAGAAAUAAAUGUAGAAACUUUUCCUGGGGGGAAAAAAAAGGCACCAUUUGUUUGACAGUAACUAAGGCUCACACUUGCCUAUGCCUUCUAGCACAGCUACUGUCUCCAUUAGGACCAUCCCACAAGGAAAAAUGCUACAGCUUUUCAGCAAUAACUGCCUUUGUUGCCAAAGACUUAUUUUCCACAAGGAAUCAUCCACUCUGAGUGAUAAAAAAAAUGAAAAUAUUUCAGGUCAAUCCCCUGAAAUGAACAACUAAUUUUAAUCUUUCUUUUACACAGGUCUGCAACUUUGAGCUGAAGGAAAAUAUAUCCUUGAUUUGUUCAGGCUGGACAAAAUUCAGCCAAAAAAAAAUCCCCUGGAAUCCUGGAGGCAGUGAGAGUAGGGUAGGCUGAGAAGGACUUUAUGGGGUCCACAAGACCGCAGUGGAGCCUUUAGGAUAAAAUAACAAAAUGAAAUCCAAGUCCAGUGGGAAAGUAAAGAAAAAAAGCAAGCUCCUGCUCUCUAUCUCUUUGCCCUUUGGGUGUGAUACCCUUAGUCACUGACAUUCUUCCACACUGACCCAUCAAGUUCUUGGGGAAAUAUGCAAUUAGCUUCUUCCCCCACAAAACUAUUGGUCCAACCUCAGGAAACUGCAGAGUUGUGCAGUCCAGGCUGUAGGGAGUACAGCCAUGGAAGUCAGCAGCUGUUCACAGCAGGAAGGAAUGGGAAUGUGUCAGUCCUCCAUGUGGCUCUGCCCUGACACAGCAGAGAACCACUAUCUGUGGCUGUACAUAUUUUAUUUUGUAUUUUUCUUUUGUAUGAUAUUUAUAUCUUGUGCUUUCAUCUACUUUACUUCCUACAUAAAUAUAACCUUAUACUAUAAACAAGCAUUAACAAUAGUAUGAAAUAAAUGCUGAAAUUACUGGUGCAACAGCAAAAUGUUAGAUUAUUGUUUCACUCUUCUACUUGGAAUGCAAUUCUGAUUUUCCUCCCAAGGAUAGGAAAAGAACAUGGUUUGAGGCACCCACUGGCACAGGCAAAGAUAAGUUUCUUUAUUCCCUGCCUCCUCAGUCUUUAGACAUUGAGCAGAAUUAGCCAAGAUACAGUCAAGACAAUGAAAGAGAACUCUUGGAGGAGAAAGAAAGAGACACCAUUGCUGUUUCAUUUUUUUUUAUCAGUCACUCUCAUUGGUAAAAUUUCCUAGUGCCCCUGAGGAGCUUAAUAACAAACAUGACUUAUACCUCUCAUGUCAUGGGUGGUUGGCUUCUGGCUCCUGCACAUGGAGAGGAGUUGCUGUGCAGGGGAGGUUUUAACACAGCCUAGGCUCCCUUAUUUGCUUUUUUGUUUGUUAUCAUUUGUUGUUUUGUUUGGUUUGGUUUUUGGUUUUGUUGUUUGAGGUUUUUGUUGCUGUUUGUUUUCUUUGUUUACUUGGGGUUUUGGGGGGAUUUUUUUGUUUUUGUUUUUGGUUUUUUUUUGUUUUAUUUUUAGUGGGCAUCCAGCCCUGUGUACUGACUAUGAAAAGUGAUGUUGGAGAAGGAUGCUGCUCCAGGAACAGAAGGCAGCAGAGCUUCUGAUAUCUUUCAGAUCAUUCUUGGGCAACCCAACCCCAUGCAAAAUGCUGUAAGCAGCAAAAAAAAAAUCACUCCUACACAAAUGUAGAGCGACUCUGUCACUUUCCUAGGGGGAAGUUUGUCAGUAACACCACAAUCUUUCUCCAAAUACGCUUUUUUUUUUCCUCCACUCAGUCAAUCCCUAGGGGCAACUGCCUCUGACAUGUCUGUAAGCAGCCCUGGGAAAUUGGAAAAGAAAAGCAUCAUGUGGUAUAAGAGCAAAAUUAGAGGUAUUUUGUCAUCUUCAGCUAUUUUGCUUUGCUGUAAUGGGUUUGGUCUUGUUGCCUCCUUCCGUCCCCCAGUUAUGAGCAGGCAAAAAAAGACCUUUCAUAGUUUGACAGUGGUUUGUGUUAUUGUCAUCCCAUAAAAGCUGAUGGACUAAAACAUCUCUGCAGUGCAGUGAUGAGUGGUGGGUGUCUUUAGGCUGACAAGUAGACAGGCUGGUGGCACAAAUCCCACUGCUCUCCAAUACCAGAUUUUUACUUCAUUUGAUAUGUAAAGAAACCAUCUACUCUCAUUCCUUUAAGGAAUUUUAUUUUUAUUUCCAGUUUCUGAUGAUGCCAACGAGGCACGGAUGUUCUGACUGAAGAAAAAUUUGAGCAUUUCAAUGCCAUUCUGUAAUGACUUUUUUUCUUGCUCCCUUGCUGAUGUCAUGAGUCUUUCUGCUUGGUGAAAAACUAGUAAAAAGGAAGAAAUAGUCUAUACAUACACUGUUUUCAGCUGCAUUUCACUCCUCCUGUGUCCGACCUGUGAUCCUUGACUGGCUUUCUCAUGUCAGAAGAAAUCAUCACCUGUAAUUAAAAGAAGUGAGUAAACCAAUUAGGCACUGCAAGUCUAUCAGGUGGGAAAUGAACUCUCAGCAGAACUUUAGCCAUGGUGGCAAUACACACUUUGUCAUCUCAUGCCACAGAUGCCUGUUAUUGAAGAUAUUGACCUGGAAUAGCUGAAUUGUUUGGAGUUUUGCAGUUUGGGGCAACCACGUUCAAAAUCUCAGCUGACUUCUCAAGAUAAACCAUCAUGGGCUUCAUCUGAACUUCGAUUCUUUGGCAAAAGAGUCUGUGUGGCCCCAGCCCAUGUCUUAGGCUGUUAGUCUGUGAAUUAACAGUGUUACACUGCUUUUGCCAUAACUUCUAAAUUUCAGGAUUUCUGGGCCCUAUUCUUCUUGUAUUAGGUGUGUGCCCAGGGUGAUGUACUGUGCUAAGGUGAGAAUCAUACACAGGGCAGGGUCUGAAAAACUGCAGCCUCCCUUGUUACACAGGCCUGCUCCAUCCAGCAAACCAGGGUCAUCUCAUCAGUUUGAUGGCUUUAAGCUGAAAUAAAGUAGGUUUAGAUUAGAUAUUUGGAAGAAAUUUCUCCCUGUGAGGGUGAUGAGGCCCUGGCACAGGUUGGUCAGAGAAGCUGUGGCUGUCCCAUCCCUGGAAGUGUCCAAGGUCAGGUUGGACAGGGCUUGGAGGAGCCUGGUCUAGAGGAAAGUGUCCCUGCCCGUGGCAGGGGGUUGGAGCUGGAUGAUCUUCAAGUUUCAUUCCAACCAAAUCAUCCUAUGAUUCUAUAAUUUUUUUGUGCAUCUGCUGUGUGAAAGAUAUUUGGGAGAAUAUUUGUCACAAACCAGCUUUGCAAGGAAAAUACAUCCCUCCUUUCCUUUCUCAGGCCUUCAGCAAGCGGUUUUCAAGGCUUUGCUCUGAAACACUGAGAUCCUUCAGCUAUUGCAGAAAACAGCUUUAAUUACUGUGAAUGUCUUUGUCAGGUGAUGCUGUAGUUCCCUUCUUAUAACAUGCCUUACCACAUCCCAACAGCUGAUGUAAUUUGGCCCAGCUCCAUGUUGUACUACACAGUUUUGUUGAUUUAUACUAGCUAGCAAAAUGCACCUGAUUUAUUCCCACAAACACUAUUAUUUCACAGCUUUACAGUAUUACACCUGGUGGAAACAGCCAAGCUAUCCUAAAGAGUAUUAUGCUGGUGGCCUUAUAGUAUUUACUCAUUUGAAAAAAAAAAAUAAAUCUAUGAUUUAGUAAAACAGUUAGUACUUAAUGCUGUUUUCAGAGCAGGGGUUUUAGACCUGUAUACAUCUGGCUGACUUUGUAUUUUUUUGACUAAUCCCCGCCAUCCUUACCCCUUCCAGUUUUAUAUCACUUAGGUUUCUCCGUAAGAUAGGCAAAUGCCAUUCAUUGUAAAAAACUCCCAUUUGAUUGUGUAUGUUAUUCUACAAAUAUAGAAAGUAUCUUAAUUUUACUAAAACAGGCGCAGUAUUUCACAUGCAGCUAGAAAAGACUUUGGUGAGGGGAAGGGGAGUGAUGGAAGAAGAAAACAAUCCAAAUACAAUUAGAAUUGUCUUUGUCAGGCAAGUGAUAAAAAUUUAAUCCUUGAGGGACCAGCCCUCUUCCUGCUAGAAAACAGAUCCCUGUAGAUAACCAUUAUCAUCCUCCAAGUGAGAUAGACUUGUGCUGGCCAGAUCUGGGCUACCUGUUUGGGGAAAGUGCUGGGAGGAGACUCUGGGGAAUAUGGGGAACAAGAGGAAAAUUCAGGCCUGGGAUCAAUUGUUGUUGGACUUCCACCCUGUGACAAAGUAUUUGCUUUUCCCUGCAUCAGACAGGGGAUUGUGAAACACCAUUGUUUUGUUCCCAAGAGCAAAUCUGAGCUAUAACAGGCAUGACUUUAUCCUCUGUAAGGGAGAUGUAGCAGAAAACAAAAUUUGGGAGAGGGGGAGAAAGAACAGGAAACUUAAAAUCUACCUAAGAUUAAUGAGUUUAGCAUGUACAACGUAUUUUUUUUUUUUUUUUUGUUUUACUCUAUGGACCAGUUUCAUUAGUCAGACAAAGUUUGAUUAAAUAUCUCAGCAGAGCUUUGGUUUAUUCAUCUAAAGAACAAAUUACUCUCUCUUCAUGGAAGCAGCAUUGUGUUUUCUAAUUGUGAGAGCGACAAUAAUAAUAAAAAUAAUAACAAUA